CAAAGUAAAAAGCAGUCGUCGAAUCGAUAUGCGCUUGAAAGAUAACGGGACGUGUUUAUCAAUGAAAUUAUUACUGUUAUCAGUGUACCGUUUCGGUCGCAAUCUGUAGUGAUAAAGUGAGUGAUCAAAGCUUAACGGAAGCAAGAGGCCAUCAAGUGUCUCCUGUGUCUAUAAGUGAAAAGAAAAUUUUAGACAAUCGAAUAACUUCGAUUCGCUGGUGGGAGUGAAAGUAAAUAGGAAGUGCAUAAGUGCCGUUCCUGGUGACCAACAAUUUACGGGAAUUUCACAAGGCGGUGCACAGUGCAGAAAAGUGUGCGUUCCGAUUCAGGAAAAAAAAGCCAAGAAACAAAAAAAAGUUAACGGAGAAAGGAGAAGAGAAAUUUUUUCUUCGCCAUCAGAGUCAGUGUGUGGAUUACAUUCGUCGUCGUUCGUGGUUUGGUGAAACUCCGCGGCUUGACGUAAUUCGGAUAACUUUAUCUUCACACGUCGCUGCGACAACUCGACAACGUUCGGAGCAUCUCUCGGAAGAAUCUCCUGCCAGUGGCGACCGACCGGGAGGAUUGUAGCGGCACCUCAACAACGGCAGACAACAACCUUCCUACAUAUAUAUUAUCCGUCUCGCGGGUUCCCGAGCAACACGAGAGGCAGCAGAUAACCUGGUGGACCACGACACCGAAGUGUUUCAGUAAUCCGGACGCGUCGAAGCAGAGAAUGAGUCGCGAGUUGAUCUCGCGACGUUGACGGCAAUCCGUGUGUGUGCUGUGUUGUGAUCAUAUCUAGCGAAACCGCCGCUAGCUACUGGGAAAAGUGGAAUUUGAAAUUCGAUUUCAAAUCAGAAAAAAGUGAGUUGUGAGGUGGCAGGUGAAAAAAGUGCGAAGUGAAAUUCGCAAAAAAUAGUCAUCCUGUGCACAAGUGGAAUAAGUGUUGGUGUUUUUGUUAUUGUUGUAAUCAAGUGUUAAAAGGGGAGGAAAUUUCUGGAGGAAUCACUAGAAGCUAGUCUAUAUUCCAAAUCAAUCAUUCAUCCCAUUCGGUAGUUCGUGAAACCCUGUCAUCAUUAGUUCGUCAAAAAUGUUCAUCGAGGAGGAUGUUCACAUGGAAAGCUUCCUGGUGCAGACGGCGAUCGGUGCGAUCAAAAUCAUCGCCAUGGUGUACGACAUCAUCACGUUCCCGGUAUACCUGGUGUUGCAGCGGCCCUGGAAGCGAAGAGCCCUCGCCAAACGACAAAAGGCCAAAGUUAUCCAGCAGGAUGCCACAUCGAUCACAUACCGAGGAGUGGAUCCGCCCGGUGAGAUGCACGUCAAGAUGCUGCAGAACAACAUCGACACUCUCGAGCGGAUGUUCGAGUUCGUGACCAAAGUGCACAGCACCAAGCGGUGCAUCGGAACGCGCAAAAUCAUCAGCGAAGAGGACGAGAUGCAGCCCAACGGGCGGGUAUUCAAAAAGUUCAACAUGGGUGACUACAUGUGGAAGAGCUUCAUCGAGACGGAGUACGCAGCGGCCUGCUUCGGCCGGGGGUUGCGGGAACUGGGCCAGCAGCCGCGACAGAACAUCGUCAUCUUUGCCGAAACGCGUGCCGAGUGGUUGAUCGCGGCGCACGGCUGUUUCAAGCAGAACAUGCCCCUGGUUACGAUCUACGCCACGCUCGGCGACGAGGGAAUCGCCCACGGUAUCAACGAAACGGAAGUGACGACGGUCAUCACCUCGCACGAGCUGCUGCCCAAGUUCAAGACCGUGCUGAACAUCACGCCCAACGUGAAGAAGAUCAUCUUCAUGGAAGAUCAGCUGCACAAAACGGACACGACCGGGUUCAAGGCGGGCGUCGAGAUCAUUCCGUUCUCCACGGUGGUCGAGAAGGGCGAGAAGAGCAAAAUGCCUGGAUGUUCCCCGACGCCCGACGACACGGCCAUCAUCAUGUACACGUCCGGUUCCACCGGUACGCCCAAGGGUGUCCUCCUGUCGCACGCCAACUGCAUCGGAACCAUGAAGAACUUCUGCGACAUCUUCAAGAUCUACCCGGACGAUGUGCUGAUCGGAUUCCUGCCCUUGGCGCACGUGUUCGAACUAUUGGCCGAAAGUGUCUGCCUGCUGACCGGUGUCCCCAUCGGAUACUCCACCGCCCUGACGCUGAUCGAUUCCAGCUCGAAGGUUAUGAAGGGAUGCAAGGGUGACGCUUCGAUUCUGCGACCGACCUGUAUGACGUCCGUUCCGCUCAUUCUGGAUCGCAUCUCGAAGGGAAUCAACGCCAAGGUGAAUGCCGAGGCGCCAAUGAAGAAGGCCUUCUUCAAGUUUGCCUACCAGUACAAAUCGAAAUGGGUUGCCCGAGGUUAUCAGACGCCAUUCCUGGACAAGAUUCUCUUCAAGAAGAUCGCCAAGCUGAUGGGAGGACGCAUCCGUGGUGUCAUGUCCGGCGGUGCACCGCUGGCGGCCGAUACCCACGAACAGAUUCAGCUGUGUCUGUGCGUCGAGAUGAUCCAGGGCUACGGACUGACGGAAACGACUGCCGGAGCUGCCGUCACUGACAAGUUCUCCAUGGAGUACAACGUGGUGGGAGCGCCGUCCUCGAGCAACUACAUCCGGCUGAUCAACUGGGAGGAAGGUAACUACCGCGUCACGAACAAACCCUACCCGCAGGGUGAGAUCGUCGUCGGUGGAGCAACGGUAUCCAAGGGCUACUACAAACUGCCCGGCAAGACCGAGGAGGAAUUCUUCGAGGAAGAUGGCCAACGGUGGUUCCGCACCGGAGACAUCGGCGAGGUGCACCACGACGGAGUGCUCAAGAUCAUCGACCGCAAGAAGGAUCUGGUUAAGCUGCAGGCCGGCGAGUACGUAUCGCUCGGCAAGGUGGAAUCGGAACUGAAGACCUGCCCGGUGGUGGAGAACAUUUGCGUGUACGGUGACUCGACCAAGCAGCACACGGUGGCGCUGAUCGUGCCCAAUCCGCAGCAUCUGGACGAAAUUGCCGAACGGCAGGGACUGAAGGGGAUGGAGUUCGAGGAGCUGUGCACGUCCCCGGUCAUGGAGAAGGCCGUAGUGCAGGAGCUGGCCGAACACGGCAAGAAAUGCAAACUGCAUCGUUUCGAAAUUCCAACUGUGGUAACCCUGUGCAAGGACAUCUGGACCCCGGACAUGGGCCUGGUAACGGCGGCCUUCAAGCUCAAGCGCAAGGACAUCCAGGAACGGUACAAGAACGAAAUCAGCCGGAUGUACGCAUCGUAGAUCGCCCGUCCCUCCUAAUCCCCGGGUGUGCCCUUAGAGUCCUAUCAGCAGCAGUAGCAGCAGCAGCAGCAGUGUUACCCCCUGGUUUUAAGGGUCACGACGGUCAUCAACCACUACCCAACAUCAUCACCAUCCGCGUCAUCUUCUUGUCGCGGGACCGGGAGAUCUUGCUGUGCAACCUGGCCUCUCACCUGGUCCCUGGAGGGGGGCAGCACCUGCGGCCGAAUCAAAUUCGGCUUUCAUUCUUCAUCCCCCUCCCCCUCCCCAUCUUCAAAAACACAUCCCAGUAUGUAAAAUUAUGUAUGUACUCUUCUAGACCACACAUUAAAGUAUCCAAUAUUGUUCCGGGUUCGAUUCCGGUGUAAAAUGUUAAUGUACAGAAAAGAGCUGAGUUGCGCUUACGAAAGAACAAAAGAUUGAUGUUUGGCAAUGUUUGUCAAAUUUGUUGUCCGUAUUACCUUAUUGUUAGGUCCAAGUUAUAUAAAUCGAAAUGUUUGUUUUUUUUUCUUCGUUUCGAAACGAUUUUGCUUUCUUUUGUCUUGUUUCAUUCAUGUUUCGUCCAGCCACGAGCAAGAAUAAAACACUAUUGUGAAUAACCAACACUUUCUAAACAAUUUCUUUCUUCAUCCUUUUUUUUGUCUAUUGACGAUCUUAGCGCCAUUCAAUAAAAGUUGUUGGCGAGAGUACCCUCACACUAAACGCUUUCAGCAAUAUUUUGCUGAAUAUUGCCGAGCUGAAGGGUCCAGCAAAAUUUUUUGCUGAACUUUCAGCAAAGUUUGAUGAAUUUCAGCAAAACGUUACUGGUGAUCAGCAUAGUUUACUGAACAAAUCAGCAAAAUUUGGCUGAAUUUCAGCAACACUUUUGCUGAACUGAAGGCUGAAACUUUGCUGAAACCCUCAAUCGUUUUUUUGUGUGUAAUUAGCAUAAUGGUCAUAAGGCAUAACGUCAUUUGGAAUUAUGUAAAGAAUGAAAAUUUAUUGAAAAUAAGAGAUGAUACUGAUAUUAUGUCAAAUGGCCAUUGUGUGUUAUGCCAAACGGCUUUAUGCCAAAUGGGAUACUUCCUUGUUGGCAGUAUACUUACCAGUAGUGUUGCAAAAGUAUCACGUUUGUCAAUAUGCACUCAUAAUGGUUGACGAUGAUGACGAAAGUGAUUCUCAUGUGAGUUAAGAUAUUUUUUUAUCAUUUGAGAAUCUUGAUAGUCAUUUGAGAUUGAAAGUCGUGAUCUUUGCAACCCUGUUGUUGAUUCACAUGGUGUGAAAAUCGUCCGUUUUACUAUUUGCCGUACUCUUUCCACAUAUACACGACAUGUCUUCUAUCCUUGUACCAUAUAAGCAAAACUGUGUAAUGUAUGUGUCAUGUGUGUGAGUGUGAUUUACGCGCGCGUGUGCGUGUGUGUGAAGGCCCAGGGGUCCCCAAACGGAGCAGCAACCAGUUUAAUAGUUAAGUCAAAGGCUAGAUAUUGUUAAAACUUGGUGAUAAUAAGCACCUUCUUAAAAGAAACAAAAAAAAAAAAACAAGUGGUAGGGAUUUAGGAUUAGAACCAAUAAAUUGCAAAACCCGAAUGCAAGUGGUGGAAGGAUGGGAACCGUUCAGGAUUAAAUCCUAUUUGAAACCGUUUUCUGAUGGGCGAAUGCGAGUGGAAGAUUGUGCGGCAGAGCAGUCCUCAAAAGAAGGCUAUUCCAUUCAAUGUACCACUUUGUAUAUACUAGACUCUAAUCGAAGAAAAAGGCUUGUGAGAAGAGGAAGCGAGCGAACGACUAUAUAGGAAAGAACUUAUCCGGAAGGAACGAAGCAACAAGCAAACAAGGCGCGAGGAGUCUGAUUAGUUUAGUGGUAGUUAAAUCCGCUGGUGGAAGGUGGGUCGCAGCAAUUGGCAGCAUUUGGGCUGUAAAACCCUUUCAAAGGCACUCUUUUGUAAAUAGAUUUAUACACUCUUCUUGGAAUUCCUGCUCCUAGAAGGUCGAUUUCCGUUCAUUUCUCGAAAUAUGUGGCACCAGGCUACACCCCACCAUCAGCAUUAAAAAAAAGAA